GUCAACUGGAACAGUCACCACAAGUCAAGACCUGGAUACAUUUAGGAUUUUAUCUAAAUAGGUCGUUGUUCUAAAAGUGGUUCCAACGCUGACAGGAAAUGUCAAGAAGUACGCUGCUGGUGUUGCUCCUACUUUGUGUGCAAGAGGGAACUUUGGCUAAUUCAGCCUCAGUCCAGGAGAAUGCCUGCUACAGAAUUGAACCUGGGGUACUGGCAGGGGUGGUCAUCAGUGACAUCGUCCUGACCACGGCUAUCGUCCUUAUCACCUACUUCUGUGCAAGCCGGCGCAGCCGACAGACGGACAAUGCUGAAAAGGUCUACAUGAAUGUCAGAGCCAACUGCAAGAAGUAGGACAAUGGGGCACACCAGAACAGUAAACAGUACAUGAUUCACCAUUGCCUUUGUACAUUACACAUCAAAAAUGACUUCACAUCCACACACGGAUGCCCUGCACUGGAUUAUGCACCAUGGUGGACACAAAUGCAUCCAUUCCUCUCAGGCCCUUAGUGGUUCUACGCAUCUUUGCUCCAGAGAAUUGUUGCCGACUGCAAAUGCAUAUGAGUCAUAGCUGUAUCUGUACUAGUGUGUCGUGUGCCAUCACUUGGAUUCCUGCUUUAGAUAGUUGAGAGACACGCUGUGGGGAAUCAUACAGUGGUAAGAAUGGUUUCUUGUGGCUUACCUUUGUUGUUGUUCAUGUAUCAUGGCAUUGGGUUAGCAGUGUUGUUAAAAUCAAAUAUGAAAAUAUAGUGAGCAAAAGUGGAUUUAUACCAGUGCUUAGCUUGAUCUCUCUAUGUUUAGCUAUGCUAUACAAUAUUUUCAAAAAGAUUGGUCGGGUUGCUGUCUAUUAAGAGGUCAGUGAUUUUGUCGGUAAUACUGUACACAGCAUGGCCCAUGGCCAAACAUUUUUCAUUUAAAGAAAGAUAUGCUCCUGGUUUUGCUAUGCUUAUUUUAAGUGAUAUUAAUAUACUAUAAAUAUUUUAGAAUAUGCCAUGAAUUCAACAAGUAUCUUGGAUUGAUUCACAGAUUUUCAUUCAUAUUUGGGUAGUUGUUUAGUUUACCUAAUGCAAACUUUCCCCUGUUUCAUCACAGUCAGAUAAAUAUAAUUGCCUAUUCCA